GCGGUCUCUGCGCGUCCCUCCCACAGGACGGCUACGUGACGCGUCACUGCGUGACAUCAUAGUCUCGCGAGAUGAGACUUGUGGCGUCGGGAUUUUCUGUAAGACAGGAGGCAAGGAGCUUGCAGUUAAUUGCGAAUCAAAACUGUCAAGAAACUGAGGACAACAUGUCCCAUGUUUUGACCAUCAGAAGCAUCAGACAGGAGGAAAUUAAAAAAGGACUGCAGUUUAUUCAGUCUUCACUGCCAUACUUAGGAACACAGGAAGAUUAUGAGAUUUUUUUGAAAAAGCUUGUUAUAGAUCUUUACAAUGAAGGCAAUGAUUUAUAUAGAGAAAACUGUGCAAAGGAUUCCCUAAGCCAAUACACUGAAGCACUCAGCAUAGCAGAGUAUGCAUCUUCUGAUGAAAUCUGCAUCCCCAGCAAGACUUGGGAAAGGCUCUAUGUGAAUCGGGCUGCAUGUUACCUGGAAAUGGGUUUAUAUGAGGAAGCUUUAAAAGACUGUGAAGAUGUUCUAAAAUUAAAUGACAGCAAUCUUAGAGCUCUGUAUCGCAAAUCUCAAGCCUUAUUCAUGUUAGAGAGAUACAAGGAAGCUUAUGAUGCUGUAGCCAAGUGCUCUUUGAGUGCCCCACAGGAUGAAAGUGUGGUGAAGUUAGCCCAAGAUAUAGCAGUAAAGCUUGGCCUGAAAAUCAGAAAAGCAUACAUUAGAGCCAAGACAGGUCUGAAUGUGGCUUUAGAAGAAGACGCAAGGAAGAAUGUGGACUCUCUAGCUGAACAUAUUGAACCAGAUCUACCUGCAUUUAAUUCUGAAAACCCUCACUUGACCUUCUCAUCACUUUCUGUUGCUACUAACUCCUUCAGUGGAACACCUUCAUCAUCAGCUUCCUGCAUCUCCCCCAGUGUGUUUCCCAUUGCAGAAGUGGGAACAUUUCCUUCUGCAAUUGCCAGUAAUGGAGUAUCUUCUCCAUUUUCUAUUACAUGUAUGAAUUAUGGAGAUGGAGAUAUUCUAGGGGAUGAGUUGGAUAAAUUUCUUGAUUCAGUCCCAGGAUCAAAUGAAAUUAAUAAGCAUUUGCAUAUGGAUUUACAGGCUAGUUCUGCUGCUGUUGGUCUCUUACCAAGCAGUAAACAAAGUAUUUCUGGAUCUCCAGUACAAAACAUACCUGUCUUUUCUGGAUUUUCAUCUGAUCAAUACUCCCCAUCAAUUAUUUCACCAUUUGAAUCCAUGGUAUUGAACUCUGCACCUGUAACCGACUACCAAGACCCAUCUGUUUUAGGACAGAUCAAUGGAACGUCCAAAACAAGUAUAUCAGACACAUCUUCUUUUACGGGGAAGGACUCCACAUACCUCUUCAGAUCUGAUAGUCCUGAUAUUUUAGGGAGUAAUCUGACGUUAUCCUUACCAGACUCUUUAGUCAAUGGAGCCCAGUCCAUUUCAUAUCAUACUCCUUUGAAAGGCAUAAACCCUCUUGAAGAUACCCAUGAAUUUAGACAGGCUUGCCAGUUCUGUUUUACCAAAUCUGGGACAAGCCAGGCCUUCAUUUUUAAUUCUGCUUUAAAUCAUAAAUGCAAAAAGGAUAUUCUGCUUGGGAGGACUAAAAGCUCUGGAGAUGCAUCAUGGAAGAAAAUAAGACCAAGGCCAAAAAAUCAAUAUUUAGGCCCUUUCUAUUUAUGUAAAGAUGUCCUUCAAGGGAAUGAAUGUACAUACCCAAACUGUACCUUUGCAUACUCCCAAGAAGAAAUUGAUGUGUGGACACAAGAAAGGAUGGGAACCUUCUGCCGAGAAGCCCUUUUUGGGGGUAAAGGCAAAAUCAGCCUUACAAUACCCCACCUAUUACAGGAACACCCUGGGACAUUUGUGUUUCUUUGUGGAAAAUGCUUUGAUCACAAGCCCAGAAUAAUAAGCAAGGGAAAUAUGGACAGCCCUUUUUUUUGUUCACACCCUGGUUUUAAACAUGCAUUUCAAGAUGUGAAAUGUCUUGUGCACAUAAACCUAGGGGUGACUGUAAAAUAUUCAAAGAUCCGCCCUUUUGAACCAAAUUAUGUGUUGGAUUUAUGUCGGCAUGAGGUUCGGUAUGGAUGUCUGAGAGAAGACACCUGCUUUUAUGCACAUAGUUUGGUAGAACUUCGGGUUUGGGUCAUACAAAAGGAGACAGGGAUUUCUCUUGAUGCCAUUGUUCAGGAAUCAAGGAAGAGUUCAACAGUGGAGUCAUUUGCACCUAGAUCUCAGGUGCUUAAUAUCCCAUCUAAUGCUGGCUACCCAAAUGCCAAAAUAAAGUUUGUGUGUGGACAGUGCUGGAGAAAUGGACAAGUCAUUGAGGCAGACAAAAACAAGAAAUACUGUAGUGCAAAAGCAAGACACCAGUGGAGCAAGGACCACCGGAUUGUCUUAGUGAUGUCUAAUGAGCGUAAAAAGUGGAUAGCCAUCCGCCCUUAUCCAGCAAAGAAACCAGCUCCACUGCAGUUUGAGAUGUGCAAUCAUAUUGCGAGUGGCAAAAAAUGUCAGUAUAUAGGAAACUGUUCUUUUGCUCACAGCCCAGAAGAGAAGGAAAUCUGGACCUCUAUGAAAGAGUUAGGAAUUCAGGACAUGGAGCAACUAUAUGAGAAGUUGAUGAAAAAAGAUACAGUUGAAAAAGCGGAUGGGGCCUUGGCUCAAGUAAACAAACAAAUUCAUCUUCCCACUGACUAUGCAGAAACAACUGUUGAUUUUCAUUGCUGGUUGUGUGGUAAAAACUGCAAUAGUGAGCGCCAGUGGAAGAUGCAUAUCUCUUCAGACAAGCAUAAAGAAAAAGUAUUUCACUGUGAGGAAGAUCAGAAUAUUUGGCAGCAUCGCUUCCCAACUGGCAAGUUUAGUGUAUGCAAAAGGUUCUUAUCUGGAAAAUGUCCUGAUGGAGAAGAUUGCAGUUUUGCCCAUGGAAAUGCAGAACUCGCAGAAUGGAGGGAACGAAGACAAGUUCUAUGUCAAAAACUCAUCAAAGCACGCAAAGAUAAGCUCAUUAGUCCAGAUGAUAAUGACUUUGGAAAAUAUAGUUUUCUGAUUAAUGAUUUAAACUAAAUGGCAGAAAUUAACAAAUGAUGGAUAAAAAUGACCUGAUGGAUUAAAAUACGAUAGAACUGAGACACUAGCUGUGCCAAAAAAGAUGUUUUUGAUUCUCUUGAUGUUAUGGGCCAUGCUAAACAGAACUGGGCAGAUUUGGAAAGUACCACAGAAUCUUUGCUGUAUGACACAUAGUCUGCUUAGCAGUUAAAGAGACAAAGGGGGCAAUAAGGGCACAGGCCUAAUAUCACCAUUUUUACCAAAUUCGUAGGGAAUACUGGAAAUAUAAUUAUUCACUAAUUACAUUUAAGUUCUUGUUUAUUUAUAUUUCUCCAUACAUAAAUUCCCCAUGCCAUAGUAGUACUUUGGUUGUGGGAAGACUCCCAAGUUAGGCAAGAAGUCUAAAAGUUAUAUGUUGACAUAUUUCAACCAUGUGUUGAUCUCAAAUGCAUGAUUCAUCAUAUUGUUGUCUGCUGUUUUGUACUGUGUAAUUCUUUCACUAACUGUAAUUUGUGAAGGCAGCAAUAGUAAACAUUUUUAGAACACACAUGAUGUUGAAUAACUACAGCAAUAAAAAUGUAAUUUUGCUACAAGGCCAUUAAACUCAAAAAAUCUGAUUUGCUUAUCCUAUGGGAAAAUCCCAGAUCUUCUUUCUUUACACCAAACAGAAAAACAGAGACAAAACAUACAAUAAAUGUCUCCAUAUAUUCUUAAAGAAUAUUUCUUAUGCUUAUGAGGAGCCCUUGUUAUAUGCUACUGAACUUUGUUGAAAGGACUCCAACAUUUGACUAUUCCUUAUAAAUGCACCCUAACAUCUUGUUUACUGUUUUUCCACAUUUUUAUAUAAUCAUUUGGUGUAAUUUGAUUACAGGUGCAAAGAUUGUUCUUGGUGUAGUAACCCACAGCAACCAAUCAGCCUUUUGCUUGCUUUCUAUACAGGUACCUGCUGAUUUGGUUUUUGUGGGAACCUAGGAUCUUUGAACCUUUCCUUCAAUUGUUAAAUGAUUAUAAGUUUAUCCUUUCCUUGCAACUACAUCCUAAAAAAUGUAGGAUUACUAAAUUCUGUUUUAGGCACUUUUUUACUGUAGGUGCAGAUAUUUGUUUAGUUGUAAGGUCACUUUUUGUGCAAGUUUGUAUAUAUCACUUUUUGUCCCAAGUGUCCUUUUCUAAGAGUCAUUUAAAAAUAACAAUAUUAUAUGUGAUUCAUGUCUAUGUAUUCUUAUUAAACGUAUACACUGGUUGUUUUUAUUGCAUUUUAGAACAAAACAUAGUUUUUAUUAUUUUUUUUAUAAUAAUCCAUUCCAGUUGUCUCUAAUUCAUCGGUAUAAUUCCCUAGUGUUUGUCAUAAGACUGUUAAAGCCACCAUUUGCAAGUCACAACUCUAAAAACCAGACUUGUUUUCAGUAUGAUUAUUAAAGUUAAAAAAAGUUUUAUAAUUAAAAUUUUUUAAAUUAA